ACAUACUUGCAUGACAUAUUUCAUAAUGCAACUGAGUGACCGGAAGACCCUGCUUCGAAGGUUAAAUCCGGGGGAUCAAUCAGCCACUCAACAGCGGCUUCUCAAUGACGCGCGUAUUCCCGGGGUCGCGCAGUGGUUUUUCGACCAUGAGAUGACUCAGGAUUGGCUGAGCGGGAAUCGGGGUCGCGUGCUUUGGCUCCAUGGACCAAGUAUCUCACCAACUUCCAUUACUUAUUCGUGCCUGGCUAACGAACACCAGGCGCAACUGGCAAGAGUUUUAUUACCUCAAGUUUAGUGAGCCGUGUUCUAGAUGACCAGAUCUUACCAAGUACUGGGGCCGCCGUAUACCAUUUUGACAGGCAUGAGCUGCAGUUCAACCUUGCUGACUACAACCUUGCGCUGCGCUCAAUCACUAGACAGUUGGUGUCACAGCUUCCGGGAAAAUCUACGCUUCCAACCCAAAUUUUGGCGACUAUUGACGAUGGCUUGGGAAAUGCCGAAAGUACCGUGACUAUACUGCAGAUGCUGGGUUCUGCGUUCUGUAGAAUUAUCAUCAUCCUCGAUGGAGUCGACUCCUCAAAUGAGGCUGGCUUACGGGAGCUGCUGGAAUUUCUACUGAAAGAAAAGACACAAUUGCGAAUAAUGCUAACCAGUCGGGGUCAGCCAUCACACGCGCUCUCUGACGCCUUUGGUAUCAACACGAUCACAGCACGCGCUACCAAUGAGGGUUUGAGUCUAUACCACGCCAGAGCUGUUGACGAGGCACCUGCAAAUGCAGAAGUGCUGGAUGAUUCCCAUACCAGGCUGUUUCCAUAUCAGAAACUUACGGACAUGGCUGAAGGGCGGUUUCUUCCCAUCAUACCGACUUGGUUCAGCAACAUCGCAUCGCAACCGAAUGCGGUUCUUCUCAGCCUGAUAGAGUCCUGGUCACCAAACUCCAGCGUGGAUGUACCUCGCGCCUUUUGCAAAGCUCUGGUCAAUGGGAUCGAAGCCUCAGAGCAUUCGGACAUGAUCCUCUGCUUGCUUUAUUACCUGGUCUAUGGCGAAGAAAAUGGAUACACCUUUACUCCAUCGAUGCUAUGGGAAGCUCUCAUCGCCUGGGGUAUUAGAGACAAAGACUACACAGUGUUUACUCUCACACAAAUCUCCAACGCCUGCGCCAGUUUUGCCUUUAUCGACUCUCAAACGAAGGUCAUGAAAUUGCGAUCACCAUUGCUGUUGGACUACUUGCGAAAUGAAGUAUUUGACGACAAAUACCAUGCGCGACACAUCAGGGCGACAUUCCUAUACUUGACACGAGGCGACCACGAAGGCGCGUGCAGGUCAUCUCAAGAGCUCAAAGAGAGAUUGAAGGCGCAUCCGUUUCUCUGUUAUGCCGCCAGAACUCUUGCACCAAGUCUUGCAGCUUUGCCAUCGCUGUCUUACGACACAGAUUUUCUAAAAAUGACAACCUCACAUAGAUCGGUAGACUCUUACCUUCAAGCUGCCGAAGCAUGGCCAUACAUUGAUGACGAGAGCUAUGAUGAGUUUGAAGCUGAGGAAGAGAGAUGGCGGUGUUAUACGCGAAGAUAUACUCCCCUUCACCUCGCUGCUCAUUUUGGAGCCAAGGAGACACUGAUCCAGUUGCUUGUUGAUCGCGGCGACAAUAUUGAGGCUCAAGCGGCAAAUGGACAAACAGCGUUGCAUAUCGCAGCGGAGAUUGGAGAUUCGUCCCAUACAGUCAAGCGGUUAUUAGAAUGCGAGGCCAAUGUCGCUGCAGUGGAUGAAGAUGGACUCACACCUUUGGCUCAUGCCAUCGUAUAUGGAUGCUUAGAGUCAGUGAGGCUGCUUAUUAGUCACGGUGCAGAUAUCAAUGCGCUAGAAGAGGAGGAUUUAUUAGAAUGUUGUCGCGAGAAACCUGACAUUGCGGAGUUUCUAGUCGGGCUCGGUAUUGAGAUGCCAGAGGGAGAGUCAGAGCCUGAAGAAUAAAUGAGAAAGUGCCAGCAAUUGAAUAAAAAAAGAUUCAUUUUGAAUGUCUUGUUUGCCUCAUAGUUCAGAAUAGCUGACCGGCAAAAAACAUACAACACCGGGG